AUGAAAUCGAACUGGGUUAUUAUUGUUGAAAAACUGACAACAGAAACAUUUGUAGAACAACAUUCAUAUGAAAUUCGUUCAAGUGGUGUUAUUAAAGCAAUUUACCCGGAAUGUUUAAAAUUUUACCAUAAAACACUCGAUAUUUAUUAUAUGGAAGGUUCACCGUAUGCCACUCUAUCAUCGCAUCAACAAGUGGAUGGAAAUACAUUGGCGUUUAUGACAACGCCAAUAAUUAUUAGUGGUAUUUUGCCAAAAUUUACUGAGCAGGUUAAGUUUCUUCAUUAUGGUGACAGAUUAUUUUCACCAAAUAUUAGUUCUGUUUUAUCGUCUACACCUCAACAACCAUUAUCGAAUCAUUUAUCAUCAUCUCAUCAAGAUCAAAGUGUUUUAUUAGCAUCAUCAUUAACUCAAUCAUCAUCUUGUCGAGAUCCGAAUCAUUUAUUAGCGGCGUCGUCGGAUUUAAUAAACUGGUUACUGUUUAACACCGAUCAAAAUUUAAAAGAUACAAAAAUUGUUGAUGAAGAUCUGACUGUAACACGAAUACCAACAGUACCAGAUACAACCACAAACAGCAUCACUACAGAUAAUAAUAUCAUCAUAAAAUCCAAGAAAAAGCCAAUACCCGAUAACUAUGUUCUUCCAAUACUGCCUUCAGCUGUUAUCGUGAACAUUGGGCAACCAUUUGGCACAAGUUCUACAUUGAUUUCUCUACUAGAAGACAUGUCUGUAUCACUUUGGCGACAAUUAGAAUUUCUCGCGAACAUGUCAAGUGGAACAGUGUUAAAUACCAGUCAAGGUGCUUUAAUUCUCAGCAAAAAAAUGAUGAAUGUGAGUUGUACUCGAAUAUGUAAAACUCUUAGUAGUAAACAAUUAAAUAAUCAAUAUUCAUUUUCAAAUAUACAGAAAGGUGUAUUUAAUCCUACAUUAGGGUAUGUCAAUAUGACAAAUCUUUUGACAGCACUUUUUAAAAUUAUUAAAACAAAAAAUAAUAUAUUUAUUCGUCAACAAGAAACAUUUCUCGGUUAUGAUUUAUCAAUAUCGAAAAAUUCUCGUCAUAUUCGAUUAGUAUCCAAUCGUGGUACAAUUAAAACAAAACAAACUCGAUUUGUACCCAGUGUAGAAAAUGCGCAACAUAUUUCAUCCAUAUUAGAAACCACUCUUGCAAAUACAUUUUCAUAUAAUAUGGAAUUUCGCGAUGCUGAUUAG